AUGCCUUCCAACGAUUUCCACCAGGUCAUCGACGCCUGCAACAAGUUUGACUACAGCCCGGACGAAAUGUGGGAGUUCUGCAUCCUUGACAACUCUCGCCCGGUCGGCUAUAUUCCCCAUGGUUUCUUCAACGAUAUGAACUGGGAAGGCACCUCCUUCAUCAUACACAAGGACACGAAGAAGGUCCACCUGAACCCGCCACUCUCCCCUGGCGAGGACAAGGUCGAGGUCUGCAAGCAGCAGUUCGUGAAGCUUUGCGAGAACAACCAGUCCGCGUUCAACGGCAUCCUCAAAGACUGGCUGGCCAACCCUAUCUGCUUCUCGGGCAUCCGCUGGCUCGACACGCCGGGCGAGCUGUUCGCGAUUCCCUCGCCGCUACGCGGCAUCCUGGGGGUCGCCACCGCCGGCGUGCACCUCAACGUCUUCACCGUCGUCGACGGCCGGCCCUCUAUGUGGGUGGCCGUCCGCUCCGAGUCGGCCACGUACCCCUGUAUGAUGGACCAGAUCGUCGCCGGCGGCAUGGACCCGGCCGACGGCUACGACGAGUGGAAGACCCUGCAGCGCGAGGCCAAAGAGGAGGCCAGUCUCAUCCUCGACAUAAAGUCUCGCAAGGUGACUACCGCGGCCGGCGUCGAGGUGGGCACCGUCCAGGGCCCGUCUCGCAUCACCCUUUACGACAAGAAGGACGAACAUGUCGGCCUGGAGGUCGGCCACGUCGAGCCCGGCGUGCGCUUCGUCUUCGACUUGGAUGUGGCGCCGGAAUUUAGACCCAAGCGCGGCAAGGACAAAGCCGUCGGCGACUUCGACCUCAAGUCCGUCGACGAGGUCAAGGAGGACCUCUUGGCCCGCAAGUGGAAGCCCAACUCGGGCCUCACCACGCUAGAUUCCCUCGUGCGCAAGGGCUACGUUGAGGAUGAUGCCGGCGAUCUUCGUGCCCGACUCAAGACUGCUCUCCCAAUGGCAACUGAGUGA